GUCAGACUCAACGGAGCCACUGAGCUUGGAGUCUAGCUGGGCUUAUAUGUAGGCUGGUCCCUGCUAUCCCAGGGACUAUCGAGGCUUUCUAGCUCAGACUCUACCCUGCAGCUGGCCAUGUCAUGAUUGAGCACUCCCAGGACUCUAGGAGACUGAAAUGGACCUUCCCUAGUGCCCCACCACACAGCUUAGGUGCCCUCACUAGUGGGGCGCCUUGAACAAAAGAAUCUCGUUCUUGGAUUGGGGAUGUAACUCCACUGGUAGAGGGCCUCCUUAGCAUGUAUGAGGCUCUGGGCUCGACCCCAGAAUAGCAUGAACUGAAUAUGGCGGUUCGAGCCUCUGAUUCCAGGACUUAGGAGGUGGAGGCAGGAGGAUCAAGUUCAAGGUUGCCUCUGGGAUACGUGAGAUUCUUUUAAGAAAAAAGUUGAUUUUCAAUCCCAUUCCUUUGCAAUCACGAAAAGACAGAUCGGCAACAGGGCUGAGGGUAGCAGGUUUAAGACAGAGAAUGGCUAAUCAGGUAAGAGUCCUGCCCAAGCUCACAGAGGGUGAAGAAAACCCAGCUGCCCACAGGACACAACGGGCCACCCCUGGGCCUGCCUCACUUCCUCUAGGAUUCAACAGUAGACAGCCUAAUGGGAAGGGAAAUGUCUGCAGACUGCAUUCUGAAGAAACCCCAGAUCCUGAUCUCCAGGUGGGACUGUACAGAGGCUUCAGGCUAGGAGGGGCCUGAAAGCUGAUAUCUAGGAGGGCGGGGCUCUAAAACACCAGCAAAUAAAAGCCGGGAGAGCCAGCACCAGCUUGGAGACCAGCAGGAGGCACCUGGAGUCUACAGUUCCUGCCGGACUGGUAAACUGCUGGAGCCAGGCUGGUGGAGCUAGGGAGGGAGGGGCCGAAAUGGCCAGGGUUGAGUAGCUGAGGCAAGGAAGCAAGCACCCCACACAUUCCCACCCAAGGCAGAGAGGAUCAACAGUGCCACCCAGGCACACCUCACAGUCGGAAGACCCAGAAGCCUGGCUUGCUGGGGGAGAGACACAACUGCAAAGACUUCCCUUCCCACCCACUCCUUUUCAGAUGCCCAUGGCACCUCGAGUCUUGCUCUUCUGCCUGCUGGGUCUGGCAGUCACUGAAGGGCAUGGCCUGGAGGCAGCCGUCCCAAUCCCAGGCUGCCACUUGCACCCCUUUAACGUGACAGUGCGAAGUGAUCGCCAUGGCACCUGCCAGGGCUCCCAUGUGGCACAGGCGUGUGUAGGACACUGUGAGUCUAGUGCUUUCCCUUCUCGGUACUCUGUGCUGGUUGCCAGUGGCUAUCGACACAACAUCACCUCUGUCUCUCAGUGCUGUACCAUCAGCAGCCUUAAAAAGGUGAGGGUGUGGCUGCACUGCGUGGGGAACCAGCGUGGGGAGCUCGAGAUCUUCACGGCUAGGGCCUGCCAGUGUGAUAUGUGCCGUCUCUCCCGCUACUAGGCCCCGAAGGGCUCAGGCCUCCAGUCCUGCCACUGAUAGGUCGUGCUUCUCUCAGACCAGCCCUCUUUGGAGUCUGAAGAUGGGGCUUCGCCUCUGUUUACCUGGCCUCCUCAGCAGUCUCACUGCUGCUUUCUCCUUCACCCCUGUCCUCAAUAAAGCAGGCAGUGCUUGA